AUGAUGUUAGACGCUUCAGCUAGAGGCGAUAUUAAGAGAAAGACUGAGGAUGAGGCUUACAAUUUGAUUGAAAGCAUGGCUGCAAAUGAGCAAGAGACUCAUAAUGAAAGGGGUGCAACAACUCAAAACAGGGGAAUUCUACACUUGCCUGCUUAUGAUGCAUUGUUAGCUCAAAAUCAACUCCUAAAUCAGAAAAUUGAUAACUUGUCAAAGAUUCUUGCUCAACUUUCGAAGGAGAUAAGGAAUAUCUCACAAGCUCAACAACUUUUUGAUUUUUGUGGUGGUGACCAUAUUAAUGGCAACUAUAGCCAAGGUUGGAAGAAUCACCCUAGUAUUGGGCAGAAUCAGAGUAACCCAUCUGGGCAAACAAGAGGCCUUUUCAACAAUAGACCACAACAACCACCCUUAUGGCAACAGGUGGCUAGUUUGACUGAGCAAGUCAGAAACCUUGAUGAUAAAUUUGAUAAAUUCCUAAAGGUGUAUGAUUCGCAUUUUAAGAGUCAUGAAGCUAAUUUCAGAACUCUGGAGAUGCAAAUUAGUCAACUUUCAAAAAGGGUGGAUGUCAUUGAGAAGAACCAGUUUAGGGUUAAUACUGAUGUUAAGCCUAAAGAGGAGUGUAAAAUGGUGGUGAGCAUGCAUGAGAGAGGAGUUGAAAAAGAAAUUAUUGAGAUAGAGAGCAUUGAAGUACUCCACCAAGUUCUUAUUUACUCCAAGAGAAUAAAGUACUAUCUUGGAGAGGUUAUAGAUCUUGAAGAAGAAGAAGAAACUGAAAAACAGGAAGUUUGUACACGUCCUAAGAAGAGAAAACAUCCGCUUAAGAUGAAAGAUCUAGGGAGUUUGACUAUUUCAUGCACUAUUGGAGAUGUGUUUGUAGGGAGAGUUAUGCUAGAUUCUAGGUCUAAUAUCAAUAUGAUGCCUUUAUUUUAUUUGAAGAAAAUUGGAGGGCUAACAUUAAAACCAUCUAAUCUUUCUAUGAUUGUAGCGGAUGGAUCUUCUAAGAGACCUAUUGGUAUGGUGGAGGAUGUGGUCAUUUGUGUUGAGCAUCUUGAGUUCUUGGUCGAUUUUGUAGUCAUGGAUAUGGAGAGUAAUGAGAGGAUUCCAUUGAUUCUUGGUAGACCUUUUAUGAAGAUUGCCAAAGUGAUUAUUAGUGUCUAUGACAGGAGGAUUAUGCUAAAGGACCAAGAAAAUGUCCUAAUUUAUAAUGGCUUUGAGGAGAAGCUCACACGGAUACAAAAGAGAGUCAAAUAUAGAGCUUCAAGGAGAGAUGUUGUAGUUGGAGGAUCUAAAGGUGCUCACAAUGAUAAUUGUAAUAUUUUGCAGGUACCUAAGGAGGAAGAUGUUGACAAAGGAGGUAUAAUUGACUCAAAGGACGCACCAUUCCAACCUGGUUCAAAGAGGAGUGGAGAUGGAGCAGCUGAAGCUCCAGCUAUGGACGAAGAUGAUAAGGAGGAUGACGACUUUGAGGAUGUAGAGGCUAAAGACGAUGAGGAUUCAGACGACAACAUGGGCUGA